AUGGCUGAUAAUAAGAUCGAAGAAGGCGACAAAGUUUCCUGGAGCUGGGGCGGCGCGAAUCCAGAUGGAACCGCUGCGGAAGUAAAGGCUGGUGAAGUCUCGGUUACUAGUCAUCGCGGAAAUGAAAUUAAGAAGACGGGGGAUGAGGAGAAUCCAGCAGUACACAUUGAGAGAAGUGGUAAUGAUGUUGUGAAGUUGGCUAGUGAGUUGAAGGUGGAGGAGAAGGGUGGAGAGAGUAAGGAGGGAGAGGAAAAGAAAGAGGAAGAGAACUCCAGUGAAUCAAAGGAGAACAAGAAGGAGGCCGAGGAGAAGACCAAUGGCGAAUCCAAAGAUGAAGAAAUGAAGGAUGAAACCAAUGGUGAAGCCAAGGAUGAGGAGGAAAAGGUCCAGGCCAAUGGUAAUUCAAAGGAUGAGACCAAUGGCGAAACAAAGGUCGAAGAGGAGAAGGCCGAGACCAAUGGUGAAUCCAAGGAUGAGGAAAUGAAAGAUGAAACCAAUGUUCCAGACGAAAAGGUUGAAUCCGAGGGGGGAAAUAAGAAGGAAGAGGAUGUUGAGAUGAAGGAUGGUGAGGAUAAGGUUGAAGGCAAGACCACUGAAGAAAAGCCCGCCGAAGAAAAGCCCGAGGAAAAGACCGAAGAAAAGACUGAGGAAAAGAAUGUCAAGGGGGACGAGAAGAAAGAUUCGAACGGCAAAGGAGAGAAAUCCGAGACCAAAGCCAAGGCUGGCAACAAGCGCAAGGCAGAUGAAUUGGACGAUGAAGCAGAGAGCCCAGAAGAGAACGGUACCAAAAAACAAAAGACCAACGCUACUUCUAAUGGCACUGCCAAUGGUGCUGACUCAAAGAAGAAGCCUGGUAGACCAAAGGGUGCAUCCAAUGGUACACCUGCUAAGAGGGAAAAGAAACUUCCUGCUGUUGGUCAAGCUCAACGAAAGACAAGAAGUCAAGCACGCAAGGAAUCUGUUUAG